AGUGCUGAAAAUGCAAAAAAGCGCACAAAGAAAAUAAAACAUAAAACGAAAUCAGUAAAAAUAAAAACGGCGAAAAUAAUAAACCACAGUUAAUUUUGUUCAAUAAACACAAGUUUGUGACGGGGAAUAUUUGUGAACUAAAAAUUCAAACAAUUAGUUGAAUACAACAAACAAAAAAUAUACAAAUAGAAAAACAAAAGUAAAAAGAAUAAACAAAUUAAAAUACUUCAAUUUAUGUGUCGCAGUGAAAAAAUACAUUUUUUUAAAACUAAUAAAAGAAAAUUGAAAUAGUCUUUGUAUUGCUGUUUCGAAAACGAAAAUAGCCACAGCCUGGGCAUUUCAUAGUGGCUUCUAUUCCUUCACAGUGAAAUCAAGCAAACCUCCGACAAAGAAAAAUGCCUUAUUACGGUCUAUACAUACCCGUCAAGGGUGGUGCAACAUCGACCAACGGAGCCAACUCAACAAAUGCCAGUACUUUGGCCGACACUACCAGUGGUGGUGGUGACGUAAAUAAAGACAAUAAUGAGACCGAUGUAUCUGCGUUUGUCUUCCAAAAUAAAAAGGAUGCUCUGCUAGUUUUAAAGCAACACAAAGAUGCUCGUUUCAAAGAAUUUCUCAAUGAAGAUGAUGCCAUUAAAUAUGCCCAAACUGGUUUUGAAAUUGUGCAAAAUAAAUACAAUGAUAUUAAGACUUCAACGGAAUCCCUGGAGAAAGCUGCAUUUCGAGCACCCACAAAACAACAGCUUAUUAGAUUUCGUCAAAUCAUUGAAGAGGAUGACUGGAAACUUGUUAAGAAAAUGAUAUGGGAUAAUCCACGAUAUCUAGUUAGUUCGGGUGAUACACCCACAAUUCUCAAAGAAGGCUAUCGUUACAAUGCCAUGCAUGUCUGUGCAAUAACUCAAUGCCCCAAUGUGGCUAAACUAAUACUUGACACAGUAUCCGAUCCGAAAUUUGCGGAUCUUUUGAUGGGCAAGAAGAACGAUGAGAAAUCAUGCAAGGAAUUGUGCGCCAAUCUAUUGGAUUAUUAUUUAAAUAUACCGGAAAAGGGUAGAAAUGAGACACCUCUACAUUUGGCCUCUAAAUUUGGCUGGCCGGUUAUGGUGGAAAUAUUAACAUCUUAUCCAGAAUGUAAAAUGUUAAAAAAUAGUCAAGGUUUAACGCCAAGAUUUAUUAUAUGUGACCGUGGAAAGCGUGAAAAUUAUGCAAAAAUUGAAGAACUUUUUGAGGAACGUUAUUAUGUGCCUGUUUUACGCUGUAAUGAUAGUUCUAUACCAGCACAAAUAGGUGAACCAUUUUCGGCUAAUAACCCACCAAAUCUAAACUGUGAUCCUUUAACUCCAGAAGUGGAAAUUAAAGCUUUGGCUGGUCCCAUGAGUGCAGAAAAAGCUAAGCAAUUUUUCCGACGAUGGAAGACUCCUCCUAGACUGGGCAGCAACGUGUCUUCGCCGCUAGCUAACAAUCCUUAUAUAUCACCCAUGAAGGCACGUAACAGUACACCCAUUAGAACGCCUCGUGCUUCAAAUAACAGCUUCAAUUCACCCACUGCCAGUUUGCAAAGACGUUCUCUAUUCAAUUCCACGCCACAGCGCAAAGAACAUAAUGGUGUCAUUGACUCGAAUGGUUUUGAUAAAUCAAUACUUGACGAUACAUUCGAUGACAAACAGAAUGGUAAUCAUGAAAAUGACCACAAUGAAAUGCUUUCUUCAGACAAACUAGAAGAAACUAACAACAAUAAUAAUCACUUGGUCAAAAUGCCAAAUCCUCAAAUGAAUAUGUUAAAAUCGGCCCUGUGUCCUCGUACACCCUUGUUUAAACAUAAGAACAAUGCAUUUUCCAAUUAUCGUGAACAGAACUUUGCCUCACCCAUGGUGGGUACCAUAGAGCUCACACAACAAAUUAAUGAUUCCUUAUUAAAUGUAUCAGAUAUUUACGAUAGUCCCGGGUUUAGGGAACGUCACGUUAAGAACACCGAUGCCGAGAAGGGCAUCGAGUGUAUUGGUCGAGUUUUGGCCAAGGAGCAAAAUGUCGAAUGGCGUGAAUAUUGGGAUUUCCUAGAAGAAUUGAUUGAUAUUUCUUCCGAAAAGGGUAUACAAAAGUUGGAAAACUAUCUGGCUCAACGUCAAGGUGAACAAGAUGAACGCAAUAAUCGAACACAAAACUCAAAAAAGGCUGAUAUACUCGAUGAUGUUUGUAGUGCUUUGGAGAAUUGCUUUAGAAACUCAAACACUGCAGCACCAGCUGCCAUCACAACUACCAAUACACAUCAAUCCACUACGCCCUACACUUAUGUGGAAAAAUCGCUACAAGUGCAUGCCAGACGUAUGACCAAAACCAUAAUACACAACAUUGAUAAUGAGGUGUCCAUUAUUGAUGCCUUGCUUUUGGAAUUGCGCAGAGUUAAAUCACUAAUUUACUCCUUCAAAGAAGACGCCAGCUAUGUAAAUGUUAAUUUCGAAAAAGUACAUUCUCGCAUUGGUAAUUUAGUGUCAAUGUUUUUGGAAAAUUCGCAAGAGGUGACCAAGCAAAUGAAAGAGAAAAUACUAAUAAUUUUGCAAAAUCUAUCGCAAGCACAGGGCGAGAGACGCGAACACAUGGAAUGUGUUUGUUCACAUAUUUUCCAUAAGUUGCAACAUCCAACUGAACAAAUUCUGCCGGAAAAUGUUAAAACCGAAGAUAUGUGUUCGAAAAUUUGGUCUCAAGAGAAAAACUGUGAUUGCCAGUGGGAGAGUAAUUUAAGUCGCAAAACAAGUCGUCGUAAUCGCAUGGAAGCUAGAUAUAAAAAUCACCAACGCCUUAAACAACAAGAAAAGGUGCAAAAAGAUGUGGAUCAUACAAUGGAAGCCAAUAAAAGCGAAUGGCGUAACACUACAACAGCUGCCACCAUAAAUGAUUCUUCAGAUGAUGAUGAGUUUUGGUCUGAUUUUGGUGGUUCUGAUACCGAAGAGGAUGAAGUAUUCCUAACACCAUGCGAGAGUCCUUCACGUUUAAGUUUAUCGGAUGAUACGGAUGAUGAUAGUAAUAAAAUAUUUAUUUAUGGCAAUGAACCCACUAAACGCGAUUUGGAUGUAUUAAAUGCUAUUUUCCAUAUAACUAUUGAUAAGACUAAAUAUCCUAAUAUUCAUUCCUGGAAAUCCACCAUAAUGCGUUAUCCAAAUGAGGAAAAGGACUUUUUCCCUUCGCCACGAAUCGUUAAGAAAUCUCAUUCGUUUGUACAGCCACAGACACCAACCUCAAUGCAAAAGACAUACUCAAUUGUACGCUCGAAUACAAGUUCAUCGAUUUUACAUUCACCUAGGUCGCAAACAUCUUUGGUAACUACAACAUCAGUAUCAUUAUCAACAUCAAGUGGUAGCGUUACAGGUAGUGGUGGACUCAUUAAAGAAGCUAUACUACAAUUGCCAACACCAAAACGUUUAUUUAUGUCACCAGGGCGACCAAAAUCAAUGACUGCCAACUCAUUAGCUAAUAAUACCAAUUCGAAUGUUACUACUGCGGCAACUGCUACAACUGCUACUAUAACUACAACAGCUACUACUGCUACCAUGAAAUGGCCAGUCCAGCAGCAUUUUCAAACUCAAAGACCAAUUACGCCCCUCAACAAGUUACGUGGCCUUUUUAGUGCCUACCGCGAAAGCCAAGACAGUAGUCCGCUUUCAUCUUCAUCAACUUCACCCUAAAAUUUGGAUUGCAUCCAAUAAUAACUAACAGUUUAUUAGUGCUAAAUAUCUCAGCCUCAGUACACUUCAACUAAACUUUUCCUGAGACUUACACAUAUUAAUGUUAAUUUUUAAAACCCAUUUUUAAUUAAGUUUUGUUUUUUUUAUUUUAAACAUUUUUUAAUUGAUUUUUUUUAGUGGCAGUCUUUUAUUUUGUUUGUUUCUUUACUUACUGUAAACAUCAUUUUGAUGAUCGUUUAUCUCCAUGUGCUUAAAUAAAAUGAAUUUAUUAUUCUUCCCCAUUUUUUCUACAUACAAUUUUAUCAAAAUUUAAGUAAAAUAAUUUAAACUACUUACACCCUCACUUUUUUUCUAUACUUUUUAACAUCUUAUACAUACAUAUACUUACUUAUAUAUCAAACAUAUUUUAUACUGAUAUUUAAUUUUUUUUUUUACAUUGUUGCAUAUAAAAUAUUUAUAUAUAUUACAUACACAUAGUAUUAUAUUUAAUGGCUUGAAAGAAAACUCAAUAUAAUCAAUCCAUUACUCACAUUGAA